UGCAGCGGAGGUCCGCUGGUUUAGCAGUCGGGGAUCAGAGAUGGAGGCGGCGUGGACGGGACCGCUACCGCCGCAUGCGGAAAACGGCGUUUCUGUAAAGCCUGCGGUGGCACCUUGAGGGACAGCUGUGUUCUGUUAGCGGCUCGGAGGGAGGUGGUGAUGCGUGUGGAUCGGAAGUGGAUCUCAUUGUGCACGGGGCUGGUUUUCUUAUAAGUUCGGAGUGAUGCUUGUGAAUGCAGAGGCCGGCUGCCGCACCCCCGCCCUGACACGCGCUCUCAGAUAGCCUCUGCGGGUCCCCACACAGCAUGAGAACUUGACUUGCCAGACAGGAUCUCUAUUGAGUCUUUGGGUGGCGCCACAUCGUAGGGGGAACAUGAGACAGGAGGCGAACGGACACAGGGUGCUGCUCUUGGCACUGGUGGCCCUGUAUGCCGCCGCCGGGCCAACCCAUGGCAAAGGAAAUCGGAUGGCAGACCAAGGAAACAAGACCGCGGAUCAUGGAAACGGGACCGAGGACCCUGGGAACUGGACCGCGGAUGGGCUCGGAGGCUCAGUGCCGGUGCUGCUGGCCAGAACCAAGCAGAUCAUUGCCCGGGAGGGGAACAGCGUCGUGAUGGACUGCAAUGCCAGCGGGGACCCCCUGCCCAGUGUGCGCUGGUUCAACUCGCAUGGUGCCCUGCUGGAGUCCGAAGCCAGCGGCGGCAAAUGGCUGAUCGAGGAUGGAGUCCUCAACAUCACAAGCAUCACGUUUUCUGACCGGGGCAGGUACACGUGCAUGGCGUCCAACGCUCACGGCAGCAGCAACCACACGAUCACCCUGCGUGUCGUCUUCAUCAGCGGUGACAUGGGUAUCUACUACAUGAUCGUUUGCCUGGUGACCUUCACCAUCAUCAUGACGCUCAACGUGGCCCGCCUAUGCAUGAUGAGUAGCCACCUGAAGAAGACCGAGAAGGCCAUCAACGAGUUCUUCCGUACGGAGGGCGCCGAGAAGCUGCAGAAGGCUUUUGAGAUCGCCAAGCGCAUCCCCAUCAUCACCUCAGCCAAGACGCUGGAGCUGGCCAAAGUCACGCAGUUCAAGACCAUGGAGCUGGCCCGCUAUAUCGAGGAGCUGGCCAGAAGCAUCCCGCUGCCCCCACUGAUCACAAACUGCCGCACAUUUAUGGAAGAGAUCUUGGAGGUGGUUGGUGUGGAGGAGAUGCGGCACACGUUCGUCCGCCAGGCCCCCGAGGGCCAGGAGGGGGCGUGUGGAGAUGUCUACACCAUCCCUCGCCGGCGCAGUGAGUCCCCCGCCGCCGAUUCAGACGAUGCCUCACUGCAGGAGCAGCCUCAGCAUAUUGCCAUCCAGGCCUCAGUGCACCCCCCGCUGGCUGCUGCUGAGUACUGCAGCAUGGAGGGUCCUUCACCGGAUGCCCCACCCACCUCGUUGCCUUCAUCCCAACUUACUCUUCCUCCACCCAUUCCGCUGCCAGCUCCACCCCAGGAUGGACCUACAGAGCCAGAGGGAGAGGUCAAAGUCAAACCUGACCUGGCCAUCUACGAGAGUCAUGUGUAAUCGUGAGGGAUCUCCAGCAUCUCCAAAACGGUUUUAGAUCAAUCAUGGCUAUAAGUAAAACAGUGAAACAGUUUCUGUCUGAGUAGAGCAUGCUGGGAGAUCUCGCUGCUGUCUUCAAACCAUGGGCAGUUUGUCGUAGUGGCAGGACCGGAAGCCUAAUAGUGUGGGCAGCCUAGAACAUUCUGAGCUUCGGGAUACCAGCCCUGUUCAAGCAUAGGUCUGAACAAAUUAGAGACGUUUCUCUGAAAACAUGGCUACAUAUGAACAUCUUGGGAAACUUCCGUUAUAAUUAUGAUUAUUAUUAUAUUACUAUUAUUGUCAUUCUUAUUUCAAGGGUUUUGUUGGAUUUCUUAUUAGAUAUAGUGAUUUUCUUGCCUUGUACAAUGAAUGUUUGUUAUAGAAAGAGCAUGUCAGCUGAAUUUAAAUUAUAAUUUUUUUUAAACCUC